AUGCUAGCCACGACCCUCGAAGCCCUCGUUGGCGCCGUAUUCGCAGAUGGUGGCGACCCCGCUGUCCAAACCCUCGUGAAAGAUUUCACUCUCCUGACUCACCCUCUCCUCACGCCAAAGAACACAUCUCCUGCAACUAAUCCGCCACUCCUAGAUCCUAUUGACCGCUUCAUUCCACCUGCCCAUGACGAGCUGGUCUCGAUUCCUUUUGACAAGGAGACGGCGUCUCGACUGCCUUUUUCAUGCGUUUCUUUCCCCUUGUCCCAGGUUCCUGCUCCCGGGUAUCUAAACGCAUGCAAAAGGUCUUCUCCUGGCGCCUCUUCUUUUGCCCCCAGGAACCGGGACCGAGCUCGACGUGGGGCAUUGAGACGAGGCGUGCAAAGUCGGAUCGAGCGUCGGUGCGGCGUUGCGUAUGCCCUUGCGUGCUGGGGACAGCUUCUUGUUGGAGAGUAG